UCUCCUCUCUCUCUCUCUCUCUCUCUCCCUCUCUCUCGCGCCGCAGCAGAACUCCGCCGACCGACCGUCAGGUGACCGGAGAGCGCGCGGAGCAGCGGAAUAUCUCAUCAGCACCGUCGUCGUCCUCUUUCAUCCCUCCACUCCUCUUCGGACUCCAGGCUACCGGAGGAGCUGCCGCAGCACCCGGUCCUCCCGGUCUCCCCCCGCCGUCACCACCACCACCACCACCCCCCUCCCGUGUUGUAUAUUAGAGCUCUACUCUCAUCCGGUUUGGGGACAUUUCUCUCUCUCUCUCUCUCUCUCUCUCUCUCUGCUCCUCCACGCGCACACAACGCAGAUUAACGGGGAUUCUGCCUCCCCGGCUCGCGCGCUGAUGCUGAUGUCCUUGAGCUCGGCCUGCACGGUCCUGGUGGUGCAGCAGUAGCUACCUCUAAACUGGAUCCACUUCCUGUCUCUGGUUUAUCAGCCGCCUUUGCCUUGCUCGCCCCUCUCUCCAUCCGUCCGUCAUCCCUCCAUCCCCGUCUGUAAGUCUGUCAGCCCGUCCGUCUGUCUGUCCAUGGACUGGCCGUGACCCUGGAGGGAGGGGGACAGAAACGAGGAAAGAGCGGAGUCGCAGAGGAGACGAAGGAAAAGAAAGCUGGAUUCAUUCAGACCCCACGCUUCUGAAGUGCCCCCACUUGCUGUCCUUGAUCCCCCUCACCCUCCUCCUCCUCCUGUUAUGGAGAAUUAAAGGAGCAGUGGGAGGCUAGGCCAAGAUAGUGAGGAGAAAAAAACAAAAACAAACAACCAACGCCCCCUUCAUUGCCCUAAAUGAAAUUUAAAAAAGGGUUUAGGUGUAUGAUUAUAUUAACACAUUUUCAAGUAAGAAAUCAAGACUGAACCAAGAUUCUCACUGUUGAGCACAUGAACAACCCUCCACCAACCAAACGAAAGGGGAACUGAGUUGAGGACAGACUACAGAGCGAAGGGAGGACCAAAACAGAAGAAAAAUCUUACUGACAUGUCAACAACAGCCACUAUGGGUGAAAUGGCAAACAGUGCAGUGGAGUUUUAUCCCAAAGGGACGCGAGGAGCAAGGGCAGACGGCAGCCAAGCAGGGGGAGAAUUUGGGGUCACGGCGUUGGAGCUCACGGAGCUGAUGGAGCUCCGAGGGACCGAUGCCCUGCAGAAAAUCCAGGAGAGCUACGGAGACACAGAGGGACUCUGCCAGAGACUACAGUCCCACACCUCUGAAGGUCUCAGUGGAGACCCAGCAGACAUGGAGCGUCGGUACACAGCGUUCGGCCAAAACUUCAUCCCCCCGAAGAAGGCCAAGACUUUCCUGGAACUUGUGUGGGAGGCCUUACAGGACGUCACGCUCAUCAUCUUGGAGGCCGCCGCCAUCAUCUCCCUCGGCCUCUCUUUCUACCAGCCUCCUGGAGAGGACAGCGAAGCAUGUGGUGACUUGUCGGGGUCUGCAGAGGAUGAAGGCGAGGGUGACACCGGCUGGAUCGAGGGUGCAGCCAUCCUGCUUUCUGUUGUGUGUGUCGUCCUGGUGACGGCGUUUAAUGACUGGUCCAAAGAGAAGCAGUUCCGGGGUCUACAGAGUCGAAUUGAACAAGAACAGAAGUUCACUGUCGUGCGCAAAGGAAAUGUCAUCCAGAUCCCCGUGGCUGACAUGGUGGUGGGGGACAUGGCCCAGGUCAAAUACGGGGACCUGCUGCCAGCUGAUGGUAUCUUGAUCCAAGGCAACGAUCUGAAGAUAGAUGAGAGCUCUCUUACAGGAGAGUCUGACCACGUAGGCAAGUCUGUGGAUAAGGACCCCAUGCUGCUCUCAGGUACCCACGUGAUGGAGGGCUCGGGCAGGAUGCUGGUGACAGCUGUAGGACUCAACUCGCAGACAGGCAUCAUCUUCACCCUGCUGGGUGCUGGAGAACUGGAGGAAGAUGCGAAGGAUAAGAAAGGAAAACAACCUGAUGGAGCUGUGGAGAACAAUCAGAACAAAGCCAAGAAGCAGGAUGGGGGUGUUGCCAUGGAGAUGCAACCUCUGAAAAGUGCAGAGGGAGGGGAGGUAGAGGACAGGGAGAAGAAGAAGACCAACAUUCCGAAGAAAGAGAAGAGUGUGUUGCAGGGCAAGCUCACCAAACUCGCUGUUCAAAUUGGCAAAGCAGGUUUGGUGAUGUCGGCCAUCACCGUCAUCAUUCUGGUGCUGUACUUUGUCAUCAACACGUUUGUCGUUGAAGGUCAGACGUGGUUGGCAGAGUGCACUCCGGUCUACGUCCAGUAUUUUGUCAAGUUCUUCAUCAUUGGUGUCACUGUGCUGGUAGUGGCUGUCCCAGAAGGCUUACCUCUCGCUGUCACCAUCUCUCUGGCUUACUCUGUCAAGAAAAUGAUGAAGGACAACAACCUUGUACGCCACCUGGAUGCAUGCGAAACCAUGGGUAACGCCACGGCCAUCUGCUCCGACAAGACCGGCACCCUCACCACCAACCGCAUGACUGUGGUGCAGAGUCACAUAGGCGACGUGCACCACCGUGUGGUUCCAGACCCUGGACAGAUCAACCCCCGGACACUGGAUCUAUUAGUCAAUGCUAUCGCUAUCAACAGCGCCUACACCUCCAAGAUCUUACCGCCUGAUGUGGAGGGGGGUCUGGCUAAGCAGGUGGGCAACAAGACAGAGUGUGGCCUGCUGGGAUUUGUAUUAGACCUACAGCGGGACUACGCCCCUGUCAGAGAGCAGAUCCCUGAGGAGAGACUGUACAAGGUGUAUACAUUCAACUCAGUGCGUAAAUCCAUGUGUACGGUGAUCAAGCUGCCGGACGGUUCCUUCCGCCUCUACAGCAAAGGAGCCUCUGAGAUCAUGCUGAAGAAGUGUUCCUACAUCCUAGAUGCCAGUGGAGAAUCACGCACUUUCCGCCCACGUGACAGAGAUGAGAUGGUCAAACAGGUGAUUGAGCCAAUGGCGUGUGAGGGGUUGAGGACCAUCUGCAUUGCCUACCGCGACCUGUCGUCUAAUCCGGAGCCAGAUUGGGAGAAUGAAGCAGACAUAAUGACGGAGUUGACCUGCAUCACUGUGGUUGGGAUAGAGGACCCUGUGCGGCCUGAGGUACCUGAUGCCAUCCGUAAGUGUCAGCGUGCAGGCAUCACGGUGCGGAUGGUGACUGGUGAUAACAUUAACACAGCGAGGGCCAUUGCUGCUAAAUGUGGCAUCAUCCACCCUGGGGAUGACUUUAUCUGUAUAGAGGGCAAAGACUUCAACCGACGAAUCAGGAACGAGAAGGGAGAGAUUGAACAGGAACGUAUUGACAAAAUCUGGCCCAAACUUCGUGUUUUGGCUCGAUCCUCGCCAACCGACAAACACACACUGGUCAAAGGCAUCAUCGACAGCACCGUUUUAGAACAGAGGCAGGUUGUCGCAGUAACAGGAGAUGGAACCAAUGACGGACCAGCUUUGAAGAAGGCUGAUGUGGGCUUUGCCAUGGGCAUUGCGGGAACAGACGUGGCCAAAGAAGCGUCUGACAUCAUCCUGACUGAUGACAACUUCAGCAGCAUUGUCAAGGCGGUGAUGUGGGGACGAAAUGUCUACGAUAGCAUCUCCAAGUUCCUGCAGUUCCAGCUCACGGUCAACGUGGUAGCUGUCAUAGUGGCCUUCACUGGGGCCUGCAUCACUCAGGACUCUCCUCUGAAGGCGGUGCAGAUGCUGUGGGUGAAUCUCAUCAUGGACACGUUUGCCUCUCUGGCCCUGGCCACCGAGCCCCCCACCGAGGACCUGUUGCUACGGAAACCCUAUGGUCGGAACAACCCGCUCAUCUCGCUAACCAUGAUGAAGAACAUCCUGGGCCAUGGAGUGUACCAGCUGGUCAUCAUUUUCACCCUACUGUUCUUAGGCGAGCGCAUAUUCAACAUCGACAGCGGCCGCAAUGCUCCGCUCCACUCCCCUCCCUCUGAGCACUACACCAUCAUCUUUAACACCUUUGUCCUCAUGCAACUUUUCAACGAGAUCAACGCUCGCAAGAUCCACGGAGAGAGAAACGUCUUUGACGGCAUAUUUGCCAACCCCAUCUUCUGCACCAUCGUUGUGGGGACCUUUGCUGUGCAGAUCGUGAUCGUGCAGUGGGGAGGGAAGCCCUUCAGCUGUGCCCCUCUCAACAUGGAGCAGUGGCUCUGGUGUCUGUUCGUGGGAGUUGGGGAGCUCCUCUGGGGGCAGGUGAUCGCCACGGUGCCAACGGAGCGGCUGCCAUGCCUGAAGGAGGCGGGGAUGGGCCUGGAGCCCGGGGAUGAUGAAGGGGAGGAGAUGGCGGAGGACGAGGAGGAGAUCGACUGUGCCGAGAGAGAGCUGCGUCGCGGACAGAUCCUCUGGUUCAGAGGCCUCAAUCGCAUCCAGACCCAGAUGGAGGUAGUGAGCACGUUCAAGCGAAGCGGUUCGUUUCAGGGAGCGGUGAGACGGCGCUCCUCCGUGCUCAGUCAGCUCCACGACAUGCGAGUGGUGAAAGCAUUCCGUAGUUCGCUGUACGAGGGCCGGGAGAAACCGGAAUCCCGCAACUCCAUCCACAACUUCAUGGCCCACCCGGAGUUCCUCAUCAACGACCUCAUCCACAACAUCCCGCUGAUCGACGACACUGACGUGGACGACGAAUCAGAGCUCAGCAGAUACCAGCACCUGCACCCGGCCCUCCGCAAGCCACCGCCCCCUCCCGCCCAGCCCCCGCCCCCAGCCCGCUCCCGACCCACCCGCCCCUACCGCCAGUACAGCCUCCCGGUGACCCCGUGCAACCGAAACAACAACAACAACAGCAGCAGCAGCAGCAGCAGCAGCAUCAGUUCAACAGUCACCCACGGCAACAAAAAGAGCACCAAUGCAGUUACCCCCAGCUACUGGAGCCCCCAUCACCACCACCACCACCGCCACCAACACCAUCAUAACCAUCAUGGCAGGGACAGGCCGGUGAGACCCUCCGGCCCUUACCUGGCCCACCUCUACUGCGUGGAGACCUCCUUAUAACUGAGCUGAACGUGGGUCGGGGGGAGAGGAGAAGGGGAAUGGUGACUUGGGGAGGAAAAGGGAGCGGAAGAGAGGGCUGAGGACUCACACAUGACAUUUUUCAUCCAAUCUCCCUACGACAAAGCUAACAGGAGGGAGCGAAGGAUGGGGGAGGUACCAGAGGGAGUGGACAAUGGCUGGAGACUUCUGCUCGCAAACUCCCUGAGAACAUUGCGACUUUACCUCCUUUGCCCUUGCUCCAGCCCUCUCAGUCUGACCCACUGACAACACCACCCCCGACCCCCCCUCCACCCUCGAACCCACCGCCCCACCCCCGUCCGUCUGUUGCCCUCCCUGAACAACCUGCCCAACCCCACCCCGCCUGACUGCGUGCACACUUGUCACACACACACGCACAGGUCUGCUCUCGCUGCGUUGUCCUGAGUGACGGUGGGUUGGGGAGGGAGGGGGACGGACAUCCGAGAAAAAAAACAAAAAACCGACACAUCCUUCAACCCUUCAGCAGAUCAGGGCCAUGUCAGGGCCAGAGGCUGACUCACUCUGUUUCUAUUGGUGUUCAUCAUUAGUGUUGUUGUCACCACCCACCUACCAACCUACCUGCCAUGGCACCAUAGUCACCACCACCACCAUUUAGCUGGCUAGAAUCUACAGCCAACUUUUAAAAUCACUAAUUUGCUUGCAAUACAAGUAAAACGCUUUGUUAAAGCUUUAACUAGACUUCAGUCAAUUCCAUCUUUUUAUUUCUCAACAUAACGGUGCUCAUUCAUUUCUUUUCUUUUUUACAUUUCUUUAUUUUCUCUUUCUCGGAAAUUUCACAUUGAGCUUUUUAAAAAAAACAAAACGUUCUUUUCUUUCAUUGCUCUCUCUCUUCUUUCUAUGUGUGUACGUGUAAUGUCUUGUCUCUUCUGAAAAAAAAAAACCCAACAAAAACAUAACAAAAAUAUAAAUUGCAAACAAAGAUACUGUUCAUUUAAACCUAAUAGUAAAUAGUAUGGCUGCAAAAAAAACAACUAAAGGAGCGGGGAAUACAUAUAUAGAGUAUAUGUAUAUAUCAUUUGAAUGUUCGGGAAGCGACAGCACAGAACUCGUCAUGUUCAUCACUGUUCUUUCUGCCAAUCCUCGAAUGCCGCCCCCCCCCCCAUAAGUCCACAUGACCCCGUUAUCUGUAAUAUUGUCCACCAUGCUAUGAGACGAUACAGUGUGUGGCAUCUCACAUAUACAUACGUUGGCCCACAGUACUUAAUUUACAGCCUCCAGCCAUGUUGAUGAACUGAUGAGUACGCAUUGGGGAUAUUUAUUGACAUCAGUCAGGGCGAGCCCGUGGGUGAGGUCCUCUUCCACUUCAUCUCUGUUACGUGUUCCAUCAUCUUCUCUCUUGCUGUUCCUCAAGACUUUGUCUCGUCUUGUCUCGUCCCUUCUGGUCUUUCAUUGGUGUGUGUGUGUGUGUGUGUGUCGGCUUUUCUUUGGAAGCAUUAACCCUUUAAAUGCCAUCAAACACACAAUGCACAGGCGAUGGCCCUUUAAGACUAACAUGCACUCACUUCGAAACCCGCUCCUGCUCACGUGCCAUUGUGUCGUCUCCAUCAUGUACCGGCGCCCUCUGCAUUCGUUUCUCUGUGGACAAAGAGAUUGUUUCUGUUUGAUCUGUUGGAUGUUCGAUCCAGAAGGGAAGAAAAAAAAAGAAAUCACUGAUGUUGAAAAGCAACCGACCACUCGAGCUAUCAGGCCCACGUCUUAUGUCAGUGUUCAGCUUUAGCUUUAGGCCCAAAGCCCACUCGAUCAGGUACGACCACUGAGAGCUAUGUGUCAAACACUGUGCGUUCCCCAUCAUCGUGAUAUUCAAUUAGUUGAUUGGGACACCUUAAAGGAACACUUCGACAUUUCAGGAAAUACACUUAUUGGCUUUCUUGCUGAGAGUUACGUAAGAAGAUCGAGACCAUUUUCACGUCUAAAUAAAUAAAUGUGCUACAGCAGGUUAGCUUAGCUUAGCAUAAAGACUGGAAACAGCUAACUCGGCACUCUCAAAAGUAAAAACAAACAGAGCACAUCCAAAGCUCACUGAUUAACACAUUAUAUCUCGUUAGUUUAAUCCGUAAAAAAAACACGGUAUCUGCUGGUCUUGAAAAGUUUUUUAAAAAUACAGUAUGAAUUCAAUUCAAUUCCUUAAUAAAAGGCCUCAGGAGGUAUUAAAAAGUCUUGAAAUUCAUUCACAAAAGUCAAAUAUUUUCCCUCGGCUGUCUGGAGACAUACUAUCAUAGGUGCUUAUUAUAUUAGUGGUGCUGGUAGGAGGAUUUUGCUACUUUCAAACAGCCAUAGCUGUUUCCCCCUAUUUUCCUACAUAUAUAUUUAUGCUUUAAGCUAACUGCCUACUGGUUUCGGCUUCACAUUGAAUGGACAGACGUGAGAGUGGUAUCAAUCUUCUCAGCAAAGAAAGCAAAUAAGCAUAUUUCCCAACAUAUUGCAGUAUUGCUUUAAGACAUAUUAUGUUGAAGCUUUCCAAUGUAAAAGAAAAAGGGCAUAACAUGCUGCAUGAGCACACGCCAAACAAAAAAAAAGCAGAAAAAAAAAAAAAAAAAUCAUUUGGACAGCCACCCUCGUGACGACGAGUGCAGCGCUCGUGACAUCACAUUCCACCGUCACCUUGUCGACCUCAACAUUCCAUGGAAACUUACAUUCCAAACAGCCGCAUCACAUUCCAGACCGGGUGUGAGAGUGCCCUCCUGUAUCCCAUGUUGCACUAUGUGUGGGUGAACCGCUGACUUCAUGUUGCCAUCGGAGCGUGACUGCAAUGCAAUGCAAAACCUGGAACUCCCCCUUCCUCUCCCUUACCUCCCUUCCCUCCCAUCAGUUAUCCCCCGUUGACUUCCCUGAGUUAUCAACUGGUCCCACCACCAGAGAAAGGCAAUGGCAGACAAUAUGCAACAGACUGCUAUGUCGACACCUGUACCCAGACGUAGGAUUAGAAGUCUUACAAAGACGACAACACAUGCAAACACAGUGAGAGAACAUGUCCGUCCUGCUAGUUCUGUUUGAGGAUGCGCGCAGGGCUCUCUGGGAACACCCUUACCUGUACAGAACCCUGUCUUCUUGAAUGCUCAUCAUCAUCGCCGCCAUCCUGACCCCAACCUUUGGGAGUGGGCAGGUGGUGACAUUGUAUUGGUCUGUCUGUUUUGAAGCAUGCAUUUGGUAUCAUUAAUGUCACUCUUUAUGUGUUGGUAAAUCAUUUAGGCUACUGUCACUACUGUGUGCUAUAUGAUCUCUCCACAUCUGCUCUCUUCCUCUCUCACACACACACACACGCACGCACACACACACACACACACACACACAUAUCCUGUUCAAUUCCAACGUACUCUAUUUCAGCACCUCUUAGCACAGCUCUAUCAAUGCUUUCUGCAGUAUACAAACACACACAGACAGACACACGCAUACAUACAGACCGAACAACAGGCUGAUACUCUACAGUGGUGUAAAUUUGACUGUCCAGUUCCAGCCAUCUCUGUCCAUCCGUCCAGCCACGUUACAUCAUGAUGUUGUGAGACAGUUUCACAGAAGGCGAAACACAAUGUGAAAAAGAAUAUAUUAUAUUUAUCAAAAUUAUAAAUUGUACAACUACACCACUACUGUACAGAUCGCCCAAAUGUGCACAUGUGCAUCUUUGAUUUACAGGUACUAUGUUCCUGUUACACUUUUUUGGGGGGGAAUGUUUUCUUUCUUUCAAUCCUAUUGCUUUCUGUAAAGAGAGGAACAACAAAAUGGAAGCGCUUGUAUAUUAUUAUGAUUAUUUUAGAUUUUCUCCAUUGGUGCUCCCACUGAUGGAAAAAGACAGUUGCACAUUCUCCUGAGCAUAUUCUAAGGGCUGUGUUUUCUGUCCAUUGAACAGCCCCUGAAGUGUGCAGAGGUGUGGAGAUGCUUAUAGUCUCUUAAGACCAGAGACACCACUCUGUAAAUAGAGAACAGGAGAUACAAAUGUACCUCAUUAUGAUCUAAAGGACUGGAAAAAGUGGAGACCCAGGGAGGAUGGAGAACUGGAGGGUGAUGCAGAGCUAGAGACUGCAGAAGUGCAAUGCAUCCAUGCAUUGUUUAGGCUGCUCUCUUAGAUCUGCUACAAGUAUUUACUGCCAUGUUACGAUGGGAAGAAAUUAACGUUUUACAUUAUUCAUUAUACAUACUGUUGUAAAUAUUGUGUGUGGAAUGGUCCCCCUUCUUGCACAAUGCAGUGCUGUUCUGCAGACAGAAAAUGCAGCCUUAACUGUGCUGAAAUGAAAAAAGACCAAAAAAAGAAAAAAAAAAACAUAAAGACUAUUGAAUAUAUUAAAGAGUUACCUGCCUGUUAUUUAAGCGAAUAAAUAUCUAUAUAUGAGAAAGAACACACCUGUAUACUGUAGACUAAAUCUGUAUGGAAAUCUAAGAGAAUUUAAUGGGAAUUAAGUCCAACACCUUUUGUCUGUAUGAAAGAAAAAAUACAUCAAAGUAUUCUACAAUAAUAACUUUGACAAAGUC